GCAACUUAAUGGCAAGCCUUCAUUCCAGAACGUCAGCGAACUGCACGGACAGUGCAGGUAAGACGGGUGCCGGCCGCAGCGACAAGCAGUGCUCCAAGACUGUGUGUGGGCAGGACUAGACUCGGUAAAACCAGAAAUUACGCCCAGCAUGUGCAACAGCUAGCUAGCUAGUGGUUGAGUUAAAAUCCUGGCACGAACAGACUGUCAGUCUUCGGAGCACAUGUGAUGCUAAUCGAGCCUCGUGGAGUCGUGGCCUCCUUGUGUGUGCGUUGAAUGCCGGACUGGAGGCCGGUGCAGGGCUUUCGUUGGCACUUCAACAGCGCCUCCAGCGGCGGCUAUCCUGGCCAGCCGGCGCAUUGCCCGGGACAGCAUCGCUACAGAUAGUCAGUAGUUGAGUCAGAGGAUAGCGUGCGGACGUGGUGACGGAAGCCCAUCUACACACAGCCACUGCCUCCCGGCGUUCUAUGGUAUGAUCCAGUCGUUGCACCGGCUUUGUACUGUGUGAUCACCCAGUCACAGUCUAGUCAGUAGAUAAGAAGUACAAGCAGGUCACUUCCCAUUGGAACAGUAGCACAUGUGCCACUGAACACAGCAACAGCGGUGGGCAUCUCAGGUAUGGAGACAUUCUGAGUUGGGCGCUGCUGCACCAUUGCUGCACCGGAUCGAGUGAACGGAACAUCCACGAAAGCCGCCUGACUGAACAGUGGUCGUGCUCAGGUAAUUGCACUAACGUUGGCUGAAGCUAUGGCAACGGUGAGCCAGCAUGACUGGGAGUCAGCCGGCCUGGUCUGUCCAGACUUGCCACCCCCAUCGGCGUCUUCAUCGCGUGAAGCACGUAAGCCGAAUCAUGCUGCGCUGAAGUCGUUGUUCAACCAGUACGAUGAACAGCUGGAGGGCUACUUGACUGCCAGUCAACUGCAGGAGUUGUUCAACACGCUGCGUGAUCUGGAUGACAUCACGGGCACAGCCCUGAGCGUGGAGCAGGCCAAGGCAACUAUAGACGUAUGCUGCGCCGCGGAUACCUGCGAGUUUCGCGAGAUGAUCGCCUGCCUACGCGAGCUGGACCGCCGGCUGGACAUCCUGCGCAAUGUCCGCUGGGAGUUCGACAUGCUGGACCUGGAACGGCGAGGACUUCUGACCGUGGAGCAGACACACUUUCUGUUUCAAGCCACACACAACGAGCGGUUCUCGGAGCAGCAAUUCACUAACUUCAUCCAUAGUCGACCGCGGCUCAACUCGGCGAUUAGCUUUGAGGAGAUUGAGCUGGAGAUUUGCAAGAUACCAACUAUACAGCAGGUUCUGUUUGAGGCCGCCGAGGCAAAGAGGAAAGAAGCAGCUCGCGUGGAGAAGGCCAAGCUGCAAGCUACCCACCGCCAAGCGGAAGAGGAGCGGAGGCAGAUGUCCUUGAGGAUUGCAGCCCUGGCUCGACUUGAGAAUGACCGGCGUGAUCAAGAAGCAAGGAAGACGGCCCGUCUGGUGGCUCUAAAGAAGGACGAGGAGGACAGGGUGACACAGGAGGUUCGCGAAAAGGAGCUGAAGUCACGUUUCCGAAAACGAAAGAUGACGAUCGAUUUGCAUCGGGAACAGCGACAAGCCGCCACCCAGGCCAGGGAAAGGCGCUCUCAAUUGCAGUCUGAAAUACGGGCGCAGACUCUGCGCGAAGAAGAGGAGAAGGAACUUGCCAAACUGCAGGCGGAGGAGAAAGCAAAGGAAGAGGCCGAGCAACAGCGUAUGGCGAAGAAAGCAUUGGAGGAGGAAGAGGAACGGCGUCGUCUUGCAGAGGCACAGCAACAAGCUGAGAAGGAGGCACAGGCACGGGCGGAGGAAGAAAGGAAGAGGAAGCAGGAAGAAGAAAGGCAGCUUGCUGAGCAGCAGGCAAGAGAAGACGAACUGGCAAGACAAAAGGUGGACGAGGAAGUUCAGAAUGCAGCCCAGAGAGAAGCAGAAGCGCUUGCUGAAGCAAAGGCUGCAGCUGCUGCUCUUGCCGGCGCCAAGGACGAGCAGAGCAAGGCGGAAGCAUUGCAGCGCCAGAAACAAGCCAAGAAGAAAGCUAGACUCGAGCGAGAGAAGCGCGUUCGUGGAAACCUCAAGGUUGCCACAAAGAGUCGAAAGAUUGAGCAGUUGGAGCCGGCUGUGAAUGAAGCUAUAGCCAUCAAGCCCGAGAAGGAAGACUGGCCAGAACUAAGUGAAGCUCAGAAACUCCUCCAGCAGUUGAAAGCCGCCAUCGAGCUCAAGGGUGCCAUCACAGGACGCAAGCUGGAGAUGUUGCAAGCUGCGGUGGGAAAGGUUCGCAAAAGCGGCUGUGAGGAAGGACUACACAAAGAGAUGUUGGAGGCUAAGGCACUGAUCUCUAAACUCGAGAAACUGGCACGGCAGAAGAAAGAGAUCAUGGACAUGAAAGCUGGAGUCAUCUCGGAGCUUCGCAGCUACUCCAAACCGCCAGUAGCAGUUCACAAGGUGCUCAUAGCUACCUUCCUACUACUGGGUGUGAAGGAGAAGGACACCAAGACCUGGAGCAGUAUUCAGGCACUGAUGGGUAAAACGGGCAAGGAGUCGCUGAAGAGGCGAGUGAGCGAGUGCGAGCCCCACCUCAUCACCGUGGAUACGGUGCAGAGAGUACGUCACCAGCUACAAGGACUGGAUGUGCUCGGUGUUAGUGAUAUUAGUGCUACCGCGGGCACGUUUGCAUUCUGGGUGGAAACUAUGGUCGAGGAAGCCGAGACCCAUUUCAAGCGCUAAGCUGGUCAUUGAACCGGCAUUCAGCCGCUGAGUGUGUGCCAUGCACUGUGCAGCGCCGCGACUGGGCCCUUGUGCUGAACAAGGCACCAUCCCGGAUGAAUGUGCUGUAGCUCCACUAUACUACAUUGAAGUACAUGUAUCACUACUCAUAGUAUAUCGGAGUAUACAAAAACAACAGAAACAAGCAACAUACGCCCAAUGGUAGAAACAUUAUAAUUUUAUGACAUCUUCUCGGGUUUGGAAGGCUGGUAUUGCAAGCCACGGUGCUCAAACAAAUCUGUUUGCAUAGAAAGGUCUCACUGUUGUUCUUUGCCGGCAAGGCCGCGAGACCCAAGGAGGCGCCAUUUGGGGACUAUGACAACCGGCGUUGCGUGCUGCCUGCGAGGCGCUGGCCACGAGUGCUUCGGUGGCAUGAUAGCUUUGGUUGUCCGUUGCAAACCUACAUACUUGGGAACUCCCUCAACCUUAUGAAUAUUUUGGGAACGUGAUUGUUCUUUAAAAAAAAAUAUCAACAGAUGGAUUUGAUCGAUUAUAGAAUAGGUAAAAUGGCAAAAAUGCCCUCCCAAUUAUUUCCGACUCAAACACACAGUCCUAACAAAGGCUUACCUACAACUACUUCAAUGCACCUGUUUGGAUGCUACGUAGUACGAACAUCAUCAUGUCCAUGUACUAGUAACUAACUGCUCAGAUUAUUCAAUUCAGCUUCAAGCCACACAGCAGAUUUUAUCAUAAUCAUACAUAAUAUUCUAUAUUAUAGCAAUAUAUUCUACAUUUUCUGCCA